AUGUCGAACAAGCCUAUCUUUGUGGCGACGCAUCCGCGUGCCUGCUCUACGGCCUUUGAGCGAGUCUUCAUGACCCAGCGAGAUACCAUUCAGUGUAUCCACGAACCAUUCGGUGACGCUUUCUACUACGGUCCGGAGCGUCUGUCCGACCGCUUUGCAGACGACGAGCAGGCUCGUAUCGACAGCGGAUUCAGCCAGUCAACGUAUCUCACAGUGUUGGAGAGAAUUGAACGUGAAGCUUCAGAGGGAAAGAGAGUCUUCAUCAAAGAUAUCGACCACUACCUGCUCCCGCCGAAUGGCAAGCCCGCCAGCGUUGCUCCCUCGUUGCGACGUAUCAAGCGCGGUGUGGGCACCAACGAGAAUGAGCACCAGGUCAAUGGUGUGAACGGUGCCAGCAAUGGUUCUGCUCACGCCAAUGGCCAUGACGCGACCAACGGUGUCAAUGGCACCAACGGCGCGAUGAACGGCUCUGCCAAUGGUGUCAACGGCCACACCAACGGCACCGCCAACGGGAAUGCUGUGAACGGCACCAAUGGUGUCCACAAGCCAUAUCCGUAUGAUACGCCCGCUGAGCCGGGCAACCCGACGGUGAUGCCUCGUGAGAUCCAGGAACAAUUCCACUUCGCGUUCCUGAUCCGCGAUCCUCACUUCAGUGUGCCAUCGUAUUACCGAUGCACAAUCCCACCCUUGGACAAAGUCACAGGGUUUUACAACUAUGACCCCUCCGAGGCUGGGUAUGACGAGCUGCGUCGGCACUUCGACUACCUCCGUCGCGAAGGACUUGUCGGACCCCGUGUGGCGAAUCGACCCGACCUGAACUUGGACGAGGAGUGCAAGACCAAGGAGACCGUACAUGAGAUCUGUGUCAUUGACGCAGACGACAUGCUGGAUAACCCGGCGCCGACGAUUGAGGCGUUCUGCCGCAGCGUCGGUCUGCCUUAUAGUCCUGACCUGCUGGUGUGGGACACCCCAGAGGAUUAUGACUAUGCCUGUUUCUGUUUCGAGAAGUGGCGCGGGUUCCACAACGAUGCGAUCGAAUCCUCGGGCCUGGUAGCAAGAGAGCACAAAAAGCCCUUCAAGACCGAGGAGGAGUAUGACGCCGAGUGGACGAAAAAGUACGGCCCUAAGGGCGCUGCUCUCAUCCGUCAGGCCGUCGACGCCAACAUGGCCGACUACCUUUACCUGAAGCAAUUCGCCGUGAAGGUCUAA